CACAAUUGUAAUUACACUAAUCGAUUAUAUUUACUUUAGUUUAGUUCAGGUGAAAGACUGACACUUGUUUUUUUUACUUAAUAUUUAAUUCCACCCAUUAUUUAUAUAAAAUAACACAUUAAUUGGGCAAAGAAUUAUUUUUCAAUUUGCUUUGAAGUCAGUGGUCAUAGAUUCCUUUGAUGUCUUGUGUGAAAGAUUUAUCCGAUCCACGUGUUUUUGACCUGAGCAGAUCUAUUGUGUGUAUGUAGUGAUAGUGAUAGCACCACCUACUGCCAAAAGGAGGUAAGCUUCUUUUUACUUUAAUUCGAUUUACAUUAAAUGUUCACCAUGUGGUCUACACUUUAAACUUCAAAUUUUUUAUAAAGGAUUUAAUUAAGGCAUAAUUAUAAGGAUAUCACGGUUAUUUAGCUCUAGAAGUUAUUUUGUCACUAAUUAUUCAUGGAUAAGUGUAUGAGUAUGAGCACUCUGUUUAUUUAUAUUUAUUUAUUUAUAUUCCGAGUUAUAUAUUGUAUUUUUAGUACGCAAUGCAUUAUUUCUAACGUUUGUGUUUUUAUUUUAACACGUGCACAUUUUUUGGAAGGCAUUGCUUCUCGUCUGUGACGUCACUGGUUCCCGUGACAACCCCGGAGCCUGCUCGUCUCCAAGGAAACGGAGAGCGUCAACAGCAGCGUGCAGUGUUUCUCACUUCUGACGCGUUUCUACGUCUGGUUCAUUAUCCGGGAUUAAACAGCGUUGGUUGAUAUUUCUGGGAUUAAGUAAAUUUUGUUAAUGGAGGGUUUUGUUUCCUCCGCUCAGAGUCUACAGGCUCUGUCUGCUCUGUUAUCCACUCAGCAGGAGGAAGAUGAAGAAGAAGAAGAGGGCAAAAAGGGGACAGCCCUCGCACAGCUGGGUCCUGGAAACAUUGGUCCCCCACCCACAAAAGAUAAAGAAGUGACCACUGCCUAUGUGAAGAGGAACAGUAAAGAUAUCUGGAGCGAGGAGGAGGUCGCUGACGGCUCCCAGUUUGAUGAUCUGACCGACCUGCGGCCGCAGCCUGAGUAUGAAAUAAUCCUGAAGCAGAGCGUGGGGACAGAGGAUGUCUUCUUGGGCUUGAGUGGAAAGGAUCCAUCGUCCAUGUGCUGUGAAGCCAUGCUGGUGAAAAUCAAACUGCCAGACACUAAAGCAACAGAUGUGGUCCUGGAUGUACAAGAGAAGUUCCUUGAUCUGCGGACGCCAAAGCACAAACUGGGUCUCCAUCUCCCAAACGCCGUCCACAGACACGAGGGCAGAGCUCAAUUCUUCAGUGAGCGAGAGGAGCUGGAGGUGACGCUGGUGGUGAAACGCUCCAUGGAUUUUAUCAACAUGCAAUAGGACAGAAGGAGAAUGUCCCCAUGAGUAUUCACAGGAAACAGAAAAGAAGUGAUGGAGACAUAUACUGUCUGUGUUGAGAGAAAAAAGAGAAAUGAUUUCCUGAAAGUCUCACAUGUAAAUGUUAAGUUCAUGCUGUUAUUACGUGUAUGAUGGUUUUCCAAUAAAUAUUAAAAAUGCUC